AUGACUCCCCAACAGUAUUGUUUGAGAUGGAAACAUCAUCACACCAACGUCCAGAACAUGUUCGCUCAGCUCCUCGAAAAAGAACGAUUCUGUGAUGUGACGCUGUACUGCUCUCCGAGUUUCGCGACACAAGUCGGUGGCAAGGACACCGUCGAGCCACAGAACAUAAGGGGAGUCUCUUUAAGAGCUCACAGGGUGGUGUUAGCAGCGUGUUCAGAACUCCUUGGUGCGUUGCUGGGAGCUCACGAGGCGCAAGGCGAGCCGGUGCUGGUGAUCGAUGGCGCCGAGCCACGGCAUCUGAAGGCACUGCUCGACUACAUGUAUACUGGAGAGAUGAAUGUGCAUCAUUCGCAGUUGGCGAGUUUAUUGAAGACAGCUGAGGAGCUCCGCAUUAAAGGUCUGACCGACAUACGCUGGAACAACAAGGAUGAACCGCCUGACUCGGAAGCAGUGACAACAGCAACGCCAACGGACCCGAAGCCUAUAGAAAAAGUGCCCGAACCGAGACCAGUACCCAAGCCCUCACCUAAGGCGACACCCUCUCCUAAGGCGACUCCUGAACCGGAACCCAGGCCCAAGAAAGACGAGACGAGUGAUGGAGAGGUUAAAGGGGAAAAAUUUAAUGUUAAUGGAGGUCCACCGCCAUUAAUAAAGUUGCCAGUCAAAGAGAAACUAAGUCCUGCCAAACGAGAACAUUCUGAUUCAGAAAGAACAAGUCCGAAAAGACAGCGAAUAGCAAGCGGUACUGAACACACGGACGACGAAAUGCCUAGUAAUGUACCUAAAUCAGAAAGAGACAGAGAUAAAGAUCAAGAAUGGCGGUAUGGGAAUUUACAAGUAUAUGAACCUCAGGACAUCACUGCGGAGAGGGUCGUGGGCUGGGGGAUGAGGGCUUCACGGUCUACCUCCAGGGACCCCUCGGACGACGAGUGGGCCGACGCCCCCGCUGAUAUAGGAUCCUUCCUACAUACGAAACUGAGGGUCGAUGGAGACAAUAGUGCUGACGAGGAAUCAAACGAGAGUGUACCGACGCGGCAGUCGGCGGCGGCGUCAUCGUCAUCAUCAGCGGCUGCGUCAUCAGUGUCCGCGGCUGAACUCAGAGCUGAACUCGCGAAGGCACAGCUUUCACAACUCAAUCGGAGUGCAGCAGCAACACCAACAACGGCGGGUCCAAAGUCCGGUCCGACGGACCCUCGGUUCACAGACGUGGUAAAACUGAACGACUACCUCCAGCACGGGAGACGGCCGCAGUUCUGGGAGGAGAAUUAUGUCAAAAGGGUGAUGGAAGCGGUUCGCCUGAAAGAGUUGGAGAUGAAGCAGGCGGCUGAGAUACUGGGAGUGAGCUACGGCACUCUGUACGGGAGGUACCGGGACGUGUACGGCUGUAUUAAUCGACCCUACCGAAUAAUAAACGGUAGUUCAUCCCCACAUCUGACCCCCAGGGCGGUGAGAGACUUCUGGCAAGCCAAGGGUCCCUCCGAGGUCCUCGACAGGCUCCAGCGAGGCGAGAUGACGCUGGACGCUGCGGCCCAGUCUCUUGGUGUCAGCAUCGCCAAUUUAGCUGCUCAUUUAGCUGAUUUCGGAUUGCCGGAGAAAGAAUUCGAGCCGAUCCCGAUAGAGAUGGACCCGUCCCUGAAGGUCCGGUCGCGUACGUACAGCGCGAGCGGUGCGUCCGUCAAGUUACGGAAGCCGCCGCCUCCCCCCACUGCCACGGCCACCACGCCCCCCGCCGCGCCCGGGGACAAGCCUAUAAAGAAGAUAGUGAUCGGCUCAGUGUCGGACGAGGAGACGAUCCCCGCCACGGUGAUAUCUACACACGACGUCAAACAGACGCCCGCGCCCACUGCUACUACUACUUCAGGCAAAUGGCCAACAAUAAGAGUGGCGAGCUUAGACUCACUACGUGGGGGCGAAGUCCCUGCGCCCCCCGCCCCCGCGCCGCCGCCCCCCGCGUCGCCCUCCGCCCUCAUGCGGACAAGGCCCGACCUCACCAUCGUCGCAGCCCGCCGCCCCGACCAUAAACAAGACGAGGACGACACUACGUGA